CGAAGGAACGGGCGUCGCCGUUGCCCAUCGCAGCUACAAAAUGAACUGGUGCGGACGCGUCUCCGCUCUUGGGCUGUCGGGGCAGACGUGCGCGGGCAGAAGCUUACCGCGAGCGAGUGCUCUCGUCUCCCCUUUCCUCGAUCCCUUUUAUUGUUCAGAUUGAGAGUUUUAUCGUUCCUUCAGUCCCAUUGUCUGAAGCAGGUUGAUCAGUGGACAAGCUCAUUCCAAGGGUUGAGUCCUACUGCCUUGCGUGUGGCGUUGAAGAGGAUUCACGUCAGAAUUUUGCAGUAUCCGGGAGGCAACUGUAGGCACAACAGGGCAUUUAACCAGCACGUGGUCCAACCAUGGGAGAACCAGAUGAAAACAGCUUUCUUUUCCCUAUCUUUGUUCUAGCAAUCAUGGCUCUAUUCUUGGUUCCCUAUACAAUACAUAGGAUCUCUCAGGCUCUCUCUAAGAAGGCAAAAAACAUAUGUUGCCAGUGUUCCAUAUGUCUGCAUUCUGGGAAGUACCGAAAGUCCAUAUUUAAGAGGAUGUCAAAUUUCUUUACGUGUAGCAAUCUGACUGUCAUCCUGCUCUGGGUUUUUAUGGCAGUCCUUGCCUACUAUGUCAAGAAUAUUACUCGUGAGAUUCAACCCUUUGAGCCAUUUGAGAUUCUUGGAUUGAAGCCUGGAAGUACAGAUUCUGAGAUAAAGAAGGCAUACAGGAAACUCUCUAUUCAGUAUCAUCCUGACAAAAAUCCAGAUCCAGAGGCUCACAAGUAUUUUGUUGAGUACAUAUCCAAGGCAUAUCAAGCACUGACUGAUCCAGUGUCUCGAGAAAACUUUGAAAAAUAUGGUCACCCAGACGGCAGACAGGGCUUUCAAAUGGGAAUAGCACUGCCUCAGUUCUUAUUAAGUAAGGAUGGCACAUCAAGUGGAGUACUCUUGCUUGGGAUCGUUGGGAUAUGUAUUCUGUUGCCUUUGGUUCUAGCUGUUAUAUAUCUUUCAAGAUCUUCCAAGUACACUGGGAACCGUGUCAUGCACGAAACCUUAUAUGCUUACUACAACUCAAUGAAGCCUUCUUUAGCACCAAGUAAGGUAAUGGAGGUCUUUAUUAAGGCAGCAGAAUACAUGGAAUUGCCAGUUCGCAGGAGUGACAUGGAAUCCCUUGAAAAGCUGUUUACAGUUGUCCGUACUGAGUUGGGUUUAGACACUAAGAACAUGCGGCAAGAGCAGGCUAAAUUUUGGAAGAGGAAUCCAGCUGCAGUAAAGGCAGAACUACUGAUUCUCGCACAGUUAACUCGUGAAUCAGCUUCUGUUCCACUAGAUCUAACAGGUGAUUUCAAGCAUGUGAUUGAGCUUGCACCUCACCUUCUUGAAGAACUACUGAAGAUGGCUAUUGUAAGGCGCAGUCCUGCUGGGCAUGGAUGGCUUAGGCCUGCAAUUGGAGUACUCGAACUGUCUCAAAGUAUAGUUCAGGCAGUUCCUCUUAGUGCAAGAAAAGCUGCCGGAGGAUUUUCUGAAGGCAACGCUCCUUUUCUGCAGCUUCCACAUUUCAGUGAAUCAGUCAUAAAAAAAAUUAGUCGAAAAAAGGUGCGAUCGUUCCAGGAGCUGAAAGAGAUGGCACCAGAGGAGCGUUCUGUGCUUUUGACUGAUAUUGGCAAUUUAUCUGGUGAAGAGGCCAGGGAUGUGGAGGCUGUUCUUGACAUGAUGCCGUCCUUAAAAAUUGAUGUCAACUGUGUGACAGAGGGUGAAGAAGGUGGCAUACAAGAAGGUGAUGUUGUCACUAUGCAAGCUUGGAUCUCCCUGAAAAGAACAAAUGGCCUCACUGCUGCACUCCCCCACUGUCCAUACUUCCCAUUUCACAAGGAUGAGAACUACUGGUUUAUCCUUGCUGAUUCUGCAUCAAACGACCUCUGGGUUUCCCAGAGAGUGAGUUUUAUGGAAGAGGCAGCUGCUAUAGCCACUGCAUCGAAUGCUAUAGAGGAGUCAAAGGAGGGAUCAGGCACAAACAGUGAGGAAAUACGCUUGGCUGUACAUGAAGCAGUUGAGAAAGUGAAAAAUGGUUCAAGGUUCGUGAUCAGUCAGUUUGAGGCACCUGCUGCAGGAACUUACAACCUGACUGCAUAUUGCAUAUGUGAUUCAUGGAUUGGAUGCGACACAAGAACAAGUUUUAAGUUAAAGGUUGCGAAACAAAAGCAUGCACUUGCUAAAGGUGGUGCGAUGGCUGAAGAGGGUCUUGCCGUUGAAGAUGGUGUUGAGGAUGAAGAAGAAACAGAUGAAGGAGAUGACAAUUACGAAAGUGAAUACAGUGAUGACGGUGAGGACAAAACCAAGAAAGGACAUGGCAAGCAACAGGAUAGCAACACGCACAGUGACAGCGAUUCUAGCUCGGAGAGUUGAGGAACUGCAGAUAGUGGUUAGCCAUAUAGCGUUCUUAUCUCCUUUCUUGCUUCUUUUAUUGUUUUUGUGAUUUUGUAUCUUUUUUCUUGAAAAGUUUUUUAAUCUUUUUUUUCUCAAUUUUCAUAAAUGUAACCGUAACAGCGGAAAUUUGAAAUGCAUCAUAAAUUGGAUCGUAGAACAUGAUGCAUGCUUAUUGGAACGUUCAACGCUAGAAUUGGGGACUUUGUUAUGCUA